GAACUACAGCAACUACGUUUAGAACGUACACAAACAAAACAAUUUACGUACAGUUCACUUCGCUGUCACUGCUGUUACUGAACGGACGUAAGACAACGCUGCAACCGAGCAACGUUUCGUAUUUAUAAGACACGAGUAAAGAAGUCUCUUUUUCACCCGGAAGAACAGCAGGGAGCAUCAAAAGGAACAACAACACAUGGUCCAUUCAUUCAUCCUUGACAGCCAUGGAGUUUCUCCCUGUACUUGACCCCCUAGAUAAACCCAAAGCAGGAAUAUGGUAUUCUUUGAUGCCCAGAGGAAGUGCUCCAGGUGUCAGUGUGGGUCACACCUGCACGUUCAUUCCACCUGCAGAUGAGGGAAAGGGAAGCAUCCUUAUUGUUGGAGGAGCAAACCCAAGCGGCAGUUUCACACAUUGCAACAUCAUAAAUCUAGAUAAUCAUGAGUGGGACAUCCCAGAGUGGGAGGGUUUGGACUCGCGGUAUGAACACUGCUGCUUUGUCCCAGAAAGCUGUCCUCAGAGCCUGUGGGUGUUUGGAGGGGCACAGCAGAGCGGCAACCGCAAUUGUAUCCAGAAUGUACAGCUAACAGACAGUGGGUCUUCCUGGAAGAGUGUAUCUGUGAAUGGUAAACCCCCCAGCCCGAGAACAUACCACACCAGCUCCGCCUGCCUCGGGGACAGACUGUACGUCUUUUCGGGUGGGGAAGCAGGAGCUGCACCUGUCGCAGACCCCACACUUCACGUCUUUGAUACAGCCUCUUCCUCCUGGUCCCAACCGGAAACACAAGGCAGACAGCCGUCAGCCAAACAUGGCCAUGUUAUCGUAGCAGCAGGUUCAAAGAUCUACAUCCAUGGGGGCAUGGCCGGGGACAAAUUCCACAAUGACGUGUUCUCUCUCGAUACAAAGAUCAUGAAGUGGGAGAAGGUGCAAGUCAAAGGAGAUAUCCCACCAGGAGUAGCAGCCCACUCAGCUGUGGCUUUGGGAAAGAACAUCUAUAUCUUUGGGGGAAUGACAGCAGAAGGAGCGACCAACUCCAUGUAUAGAUUCAACACUGGUAAUAGAAUUUUCAUUAAUCUUGUCAUUGAAUAUUUGUACCUUAUCACAUCAUACACAGAAAGUUGUAUUACAUUUAAAACUGUGGUUGAGAAGUUUAAACCUCCAUUGUUAUCCAUUAUGUUUGCAGACAAAAGCAGAUGGGUCCUUAUGAAGUUUGAAGGGGAUAUGCCCCCCAACCGCCUGGACCACUCCAUGUGUUUAUUGCCCUGGACGGUGCAUGCUGAGGGGAAUGGAGAUAAGGAGCAGGCCGACUGCCCAACAGCCUCAGAGACAAUACAUUUGGCCUUUGUAUUUGGAGGGAUGGAUACCCAGGGUGUCAUUCAUAAUGACUGUGUUGUGACUGUGGUUUCAUGAUGAUGUAAUACUCACUAAAGUUUAAAUAAAUCGUUUUUAAGAACUC